AUGGUACCAGCCAUGAGCAAAGCGAAAAUUGAUCUAGUCGCAAAGUCAAUUAUUUCACCGACAACAGUCAUCAUGGCACAAGCUGAGACCCAACAACACCAAACAGGACUGGCUGUAAAACGAUCAUCAGCCGUAACAAUGGCACCAGCUAAAUUCCAGCUGACAAAAUUAUUUGUUGUACUGGUCAUUCUCCAGCAGGUGCGGCCAUCGAACUCUAGGUCUCCAGAAUGUCAAUGGCUUGAUAAAAAAGGGGAACAUAUUGACAAUGAAAUACUCAUUGUACUUGAUCAUUUACAACCAAAAGAAAAGAUUCAAGAUGAUUGCUUUGAUGAAGUUCAUCAUUAUGGCUUUCCCAACAACAUACAUGAGCUGAAAGCUGCAGCCAUGGUGGUGCAUACAGUCUACAAUGAAACCGUGAUAUUCUACAGCAACUUUGCUAAAACACUUGGACUAUCAAAGAAAGAUUAUGAGAAGCUGCUUUCCCUUCUGCGUUAUGUAAUGAAUAACUUGACUCCAUGUGUAACAAAUGCAGAGCAAUAUAAGGAUGUCACAGAACGCACAUCCAACCAAUACACAGAAUUAGAAAACUAUGCCCAGAAGUGGGGAAACACUGCAUGUGCCCAGAUCAUAAUUUGGAUUAUCAGCAAUAAUGUACAGGAGGCUGUUCAUCUCUCCUCUCAAAUGCGAAAAAUGCUUCUAAUGAGUAAAACCUCUUAACUUUAUUUCUAUGGCUAUUGUUCAAAAGGAAUAAUAAACUCAUAAUUAUUUCUGUAGAAAGAGAACCUGAAUGUCUGUGAUUCUUUUUUGAUUUGUAUAAAUUAACAGAAUCCACCAAAUCCCCUCGCGCUCGGGUGCGCACCCCUCCAUGCUGGCCUGCGCAUGUGUGCUCACACGUGCGCACCCGAGCACGGAGGGGUGCGUCCCCGAGCAAGCAGGGGAGGACACAUUCGCACCCGAGCACGGAGGGGAGCACAUGCGCGCACCCAAGCACGAAGGAUAGAGAACGUGUGCAGAUGAGCAUGGAGGGGUGCACACCCAAGCACGGAGGGGAGAGAACAUGUUGCAGACGAGCAUGGGAACGCAUGUGCACAAACGGUCUGAGAACAGCGCACGUGUGCACCUGAACACAAAUGGGUGCACACAGAGUGGAGCGCAGACGAGC